AUGGUUUGCCUCGUGGAAGACCUUACUCCUGCUGGUCAUGUUGACGGCUCCGGGCCCGGGACUCUAGGAGUGCCUCGAGAGCCUUUAGACCUGGCCAUCGCUGGAAUUGCACUCUCACAUAUAUGCCACUAUCUAUCCGUGCUGGUCCUCUUUGCUCUAACCAAAAAGGUCUUCGAUGGGACGGACAAAUGUGCCAGGAGCCUGCCCGUGCUCGCGGCGGCCUUGCACAUUGUCUGUCCAGCAGGCGCCUUCUUAUCCGCACCCUAUGGCGAAGCUCUCUUUUCGCUUCUCAACUUCCUGGGGUUCUACAUCUACGUACUUGCCCUGAGAGAUGAGCGGGGGGGCUUUUUGUUCCCGAGAGAUGUUAAAUUCGUUACUGCCGGUUGUAUUUUCGCAGCAGCCACCACUGUCCGGAGUAACGGCAUUCUGAGUGGCCUCUUAUUUGCCUAUGACGCGCUGUCGAGUGUGAUUGAGAUCGUCCAAGCUAGAAGCCUAAAAUGGUCGGGGAUACGCCGACUCAUCUCCAUUGUUCUUGGAGGGUCGGUGAUCCUACUAGGAACUACCGCUCCUCAAUAUAUCGCAUAUUCACAAUAUUGCCAAGCAGCGUCUCCGCCUCGGAGUUGGUGCACCAAUACGUUCCCAAGCAUCUACGCUUGGGUCCAAAGCCAUUACUGGUGGGCGCUUGAUCCGCCCACCGCACGUGGCACACAUCACGAGUUUACGCAAGCCUGUCUCGCUCGACUUGCAUUGCCUCCGGCCAUGCUUGCUGUUCUCGCCAUAACCAGCUAUCAUGUACAGAUCAUCAACCGCGUCGCAUCCGGAUAUCCCGUGUUGUAUUGGUGGCUGGCUUCUGCUUUUCUCGGCUAUGGAAGCAAAGAAUCUUAUCUGUUAAAGCCGCGUCAUGUAUUGAGCGGAAUGGUCAUGUACGGGAUAGUCCAAGCCAGUUUAUUCGCGUCGUUCCUUCCCCCGGCUUGA